GUCUGACCCCUGCGUCCCCAUGCGCUCUGGGCUCCACGCCCGGGGGCCCCUCUGUUCGGGGCAUCCUCCCUGCCUGCGGCCAACGAAGGGGACCGAGGGGCGGCUAGGAGAGUCCGCUAAAUCUCCUGCCCCAUGAAGUGCCCCGUCCCCCUCGGCUCGGCCCUCGGGGACCCUCCUCCUCCCCGGCAGGGCUGCUACCUGCUCCCAUUGCACUCAGCCUCCCCCUUCCCCCUGCGGUGUGUUUGCGAGCGGCUCCUCUCCAUUGUAUGUAAAUCCUGGGCAGGAGGGCGAGGACGUGCGAGUUGGCAGCUGGCUGGGCGAGGGGCCCCUGCCUGCCGUACAGAGUCCUGCUAGGAAUGCGAGACAUUCCGUGUGCGAGGCGUGGGAGGCAAACCCUCGCUGUAAUCGGGCCCAGUUGGAGCCCUGUUGUGUGCUCUGGCUGCGUUUCAUAAACAACUGGGUUGAGAGCUUUUUACUGUUCCUUUAAAAAACAGAUUUGUAGAUUUUCGUUCCAAAGGAACUCUUCAAAAUGUGACCCUGGGCUUCGUCUUUGGCCUUUCAAAUGGACAUUAAGUGACAUUGAAUGUUAGCUGCAAGAAUUUUAUAAGUACUGCAUCAGCUGGGAUGUUGCGACAGAACGGUGGAAGUAACAAGCGUGGUUUGGGAUUAGCCCGACUGUCUACAUCCAGUUUCUUCACCAUCUCCAAUUCAGGAAACUGGGGAAUGGGGCGCAGCGGCAAGAGCAACUCUCUGAGCAGUAUUAGCUCCAACUCUGAUUGCUAUGACAGUCCUGUUGUGGAUCCAGAAUACAUCAUGCAGUUGGUGAAUGAUGUCAGAAAAUUUGCAGAUGUGCUACUCUAUUUGAAAGAAGCCAUUCUUUCAGAAGAAAAUGAAAGCUGUCUGCAUCAUGUUGUUCAUGAACGUUUAGGGGAGCUGCUGCGUGUCCUAAAGGCAGUGAUACAUAAACAUCAGACUCUCAAUUCAGUUGACAUUCUUAGUGCUGCAGGAACAGUCAUCGCAAAGGUGAAAGCUGUGAACUUCAAAGAAGUGAAUGAAGAAAACAAGAGAGAACUCUUCAGUGAAAUAUUUUCGUCUAUUGACACAUUGGCAUUCACCUUUGGAAACGUUGUUUCAGACUUCCUUAUGGGAGAUGUAGACAAUGGUUCUUCACUGGGACUUCCUGUAUCUCGUAGAAGUCGGUCUUUUGAAAACCUUUCCGUGGAGUCUGUGGGAUCACUACAUGAACGGGAAGAUGUUCAAGAUACAGGACAUCUUCGGGCUGAAGAGGUCGAUAGCAUGCUCCUAAGAAAUGACAGCGGAAUUGAAUCGGCUCUGUCUUAUGCUAAAGCUUGGUCAAAAUAUGCCAAAGAUGUAGUCGUAUGGUUAGAAAAAAAACUUAGCCUGGAAGUGGAAUGUGCUAAAAACUUAGCAAAAAUGGCUGAAACUGCAAAAGCUAUUGUUGGACCCCAGGAUUACAUGCCAUUCCAAUCUAUAUUCAUAAACGCUUUUCAAAAUGAUAUUGAGAACAGUGAGCUGUGGCAAAAAACAGCAGCCGCUCUCCAGACUAACAAAUUUGUGCAGCCUCUUGUAGGGAGAAAAAAUGAGUUGGAUAAACAAAGGAAAGAUAUCAAGGAACUUUGGCAGCGAGAACAGAAGAAAAUGCAAGAACUGGAAGCUACUCUAAGAAAAGCAAAGCUGCUGUACCUGCAGCGUCAAGAGGAGUAUGAAAAAGCAAAAUCUUCCACCAUUCGAGCUGAGGAAGAACAUCUGAGCACAAACAGCAGUCUUGUGAAAGAUGUCAGCAAACAGUUGGAGAAAAAACGAAAGCUAGAAGAGGAGGCUCUUCAGAAAGCUGAAGAGGCCUGUGAACUCUACAAGGCCAGCAUGGCAGAAGUUGAAGAAAAGCGAAAUGAUCUGGAAAGCUUCAAGAGUGAUACCUUAACACAGCUUCGGGAACUUGUUUUUCAGUGUGAUCUUACUCUUAAAGCUGCAACAGUUAACCUGUUCCAGAUGCAGCAUGCCCAGGUUGUAUCUCUUCCAGUUAACUGUCAGACCCUCUGUGAGAACGCCAAGCUUUAUGACCCAGGACAGCAGUAUUUGGAGUUUGUGAAAAGUUUGCCAAAAGAAGACAUUCCCAUUGAAUCAGGUUCUUUUGAAAUUCAGAGUUCCGAGGUUGAUGGGGCUUUUAGUAAACAACCAACAAACAGUGCCCAUACAUCACAUGGAAACUUAUCCCAGUGUUCAGGAGACUUUCCCACCCAGUCUUUAGAAGAUGGAAGUCCAUCUUAUCGUCGUUUCCAAAAAAUUGGGGAGAAGAGGUCUUCCAGCAGCACAGAUAUCCAAGCAGUGCGAGGACCCCCGCCAUUCAGAUCGUGGUCAGUUGGCAACCAAAGUGGAGGAAUGUGCAGUGACUCUGAAAGUGCAGGAGGAAGCAGCGAAUCACGAUCCAUGGACUCUCCAUCUGCUAGUCCAGCGGAUUUUAAGAGAAGGCUUCCCCGAACACCGUCUACUGGCACUAUGUCAUCUGCAGAUGAUCUUGAUGAAAGGGAACCACCUUCUCCUUCAGACUGUGGUGUAAAUGAUUUAACGUCUGAAAUUGCCAGUUCACCGGGACCUUUUAGAAACACUCUUCUGUCCAAGGCAGCUCAAACGCACAAGCUGCGAAAGUUGAGGGCUCCAUCUAAAUGCAGAGAAUGUGACAGUCUAGUGGUAUUCCAUGGAGCAGAAUGCGAGGAGUGCUCACUCACUUGCCACAAGAAAUGUUUAGAGACUUUAGCUAUUCAGUGUGGGCACAAAAAACUGCAUGGAAGACUUCAUUUGUUUGGGGUGGAAUUUGCUCAAGCUGCUAAAAAUGUCCCUGGUGGCAUCCCUUUCAUCAUCAAAAAAUGUACCUCUGAAAUUGAAAGCAGAGCCCUGAAUGUAAAGGGUAUCUAUCGUGUGAAUGGAGCCAAAUCAAGAGUUGAAAAGCUUUGUCAAGCUUUUGAAAAUGGAAAGGACUUGGUGGAACUGUCAGAGCUCUAUGCACAUGACAUCAGUAACGUCCUUAAAUUAUACCUUCGUCAGCUCCCAGAACCUUUGAUUUUGUUUCGGCUUUACAACGAAUUCAUUGGACUUGCGAAAGAGAGUCAGAAUGUUAAUGAGGAACUGGACAUGAAACAGACUAGCCCCAGAUCAAAGAAAAGACAGUCAGUUUGUAUUGAACUGAACAGAAUAAUCAUCAAAAUGAAAGAUCUCCUCAAACAGCUGCCUAUACCAAACUAUAACACUCUUCAAUACCUUAUAGGACAUCUUCAUAGAGUGACUGAACAGUCUGAUGAAAAUAAAAUGUCAGCUAGCAAUCUUGGCAUAAUAUUUGGCCCAACUCUAAUCAGGCCACGACAGACAGAUGCCGCAGUUUCACUCUCUUCGCUUGUGGACUAUCCAUAUCAAGCUCGAGUGGUAGAGCUGCUCAUAACUUACUAUGAAAAGAUCUUUGAUGUUUUACUGCAGCCACUCUCAACUGCAAUUCAGUCUGAAGAAAAUGCUGCUCCAUUUAAAACUGCUUCAUCAACAGGAGAGAAUGAGCCACAGCAGCAAAGGAAGUCAUUUAUUGCUGUAAAGGAAGGCAUCCUGCUAAUUCCAAGUGAGAGUAAAGCUUCAGAAACUGCUUCAUCAUUUGAGCAACUAGAUGACAGCAAGAACACAAGAGAGAGAUCAGAUGCAUCUGUGACUGAACGUAUCUCACUGCCACUCACUGGAACUAAAGAGGUGGACUUUGGCAAGAGGAAUUCUCCAUCAGAACCCCCAGCUACCACAGUUCUGGAUAUUAAUAUUCUUACUCCAAAAGAGCCAGGCAAUGCUCUGACUCCAGUUUCAGACAAAGACAAUGAACCCUGUCUUGCUCUAGCUGAAGAUGGCUGUAAAGUCAAUAAUUUGCUACCUAUAAAACCUAAUCGCCAAAUAACCAAAGUCCAGUUACGAUCUCCAAGGACAAAGCCAGUUAUUCGUCCUGUGAGUUUACCUGUAGAUCGAAUGCUUCCUCCGUGUGUUUUGAAUGAGAGAAACUCAGGAAAUGUAGCAGUUUUAAGUCCAGAAAAGCUUGGCAGGAGUCCUACCAUUGAAGAGGUUUCAGAGACUAAGGCACUUCCUGCUGUUAAUGCCUGUUGCAGACUUUCUUGUUACGACACACAGACUCUGAGGAAAACUUGGGACAAGCAGUAUAAACAGUAUGAUAUGACUCCAAGGACAGCAAUGAUUAUGACCAAUAUACCCCAAGAGAACCGAGCCCAUGAGAGUGGGAAUGCAUCUGCCUUAUCUUCAUCCUACAGCGUUGGUAACAAUUCAGUGAAUGCCAUACUUCCCAAUAAGCCAUGCACUGGACCUGUCAGAUCUGUGAGGAUGACAACAGAAGGGAAUGGUCCAGAUUCUAAUCCUCUUGCUGCUUUCAGACCACCAAGAACUUUGCAGCCACCACCAGGAACUUUUUAUAAACCACCUUCUAAUAACAAAGCCAAGCAAAAUGAGGAGCAAAAUGUUCCUAAUGCUUGUGCAGCAGCCAGUGCUAGCUCUGUUCUUGCCCAGGAUAACACUGUGAAACUAAUAAGGAACUCUGCACUUGUAUCAGGUGCUCCUGGACAGCGUGCAAAUCAACAAAAAAUGAGCUCAGAGGACCUUCAUCCCGUGGACCUGAAGCCCACCUAUAAGAGACUAAGACCAAAACGUAUGCAAGAAUUAGAACACAGGGAAGCUCAUUUUGUAUAGGGCAGCAAAUACUUCUUGGAAUGUUAAUACAAUUUACUGAUCUUGUCCAUAUAGAUUUUUUUUUCCUCCUCUCCCAUUGAGGAUCCCACUUUUGUGCCAUACUGGAAAUUAUGUGUAUAUAUAUAUACACACAACACAGCAUUUUAAAAGUGGGGGAGGAAACUGUUAAGGAAAAAUGAAGUUGAAUUUUUUUAAUUCAGUACAUUUUCAUAAAGGUCUAUUUAAAUGCAUUCCCAGUGUAGAUAGAGGUACAGAAAGUGUACUUGGUAAGACACUGAGCUUCAAUUCCCUGGGUGAAAUGCAAUAUUUAUAGCAAGAAAUGAUUGCUCUUUUGUGCAGCAAUGGAAGGAGCCAUUUUUCAAUAUGAAUUUGUACUAAAGGUGGACAGUUUGAUGCUCAGCUGUUUAAGCAUAAACCAAAGCUUGUGCUUUGCUCUGUAAAGCUUCUGUUCAGUUUUCCAGUCUUUGCAAUUAAAGCUUUGCUCCUGAAUAAAUUACAUACUGGCCAACAUGGCCUAUAAUUGUGUAUUAUAUAUGUAUAUUUUAUGCCAAUAUGUUCAUCUGUUGCCAGUUUUCAGUGUUGUCACUUUAAUGUUAUUUGUACAGAAAGAUGCACUUACUGAGCUGUAGUAGUGAAAACCAGAAAUGACUUCAUAUCCAGUUACAGGUAGUAUAACUUAGUGAGUGGAUCAAAUACACACAACUUAGCUAGUUAAGAUGACCUUCGGGUGAGUACCCCUGGCAGUGGUGGUGUCCUUCCCGGUUACAAAAUAGCCAGUGCUUUCCCUUGCUGUAGGCCAGUUUCACUUCUUGCCUAAUGUAACUGAAAUGAAGAAUAUAGUUUUGCGAUACAGUGAAAUAGGUGAAAAUAACAAAAAUAUAUGUCAGCAUUAGUAGGUGCAUCUAUUGGUUUUUCACUUUGUAUUAAAUGUUUUAUAUGUACACUGCUAUAUUUGCUUAAAAAAUAUAUUAACUUGUUAACA